GUGCCUGGGCAGGAUCUCUGAGGCUAGCCAGUUAGCUAGCUAACGUUUUAUUCCAAAUACUCUCGCCUUUUUGAAACGGGAGGAGAAUGGCCCUGGCCUAGCUAUCACACAUUGACAGGGUGUUAAGGAAGUUACCCCUCUGGGCUGAAUAGAAUAUUAGAAAUGUAGUGCGGUCAUUUGGAACGACACAAAAGCUCUGAAUUCGUCGGACCCGGAGUGGCUCUUGUGGAAACCCGCCGCGCCACAGCUUCGACAGGCCGAGGCUGCGGAGAUGAAGGAACAGAUUCUACGGCCUACGAAUCAUUUUCCAUUUCUGGAAAAAUUGUCAGACGCUACAAAGCACUUUCAGUGAAACGUUAAAGUUAUCAGAAGAGGACUUGAAGACGGGUGGAGACGGUGUAUUUUCUUUUUUCUAAAUUUAAAUGUCUUUGCAGCAGGUGUUAUCCCUCUGCACAUUAUUUUCAGACAAUCUAUUGCAUCCUAGAAACAAGCCCUUUGUCAUAUUUUCUACGUGCUUAUGUUCGUCACUGACAUGGCAGACUAAGUUACUGAGAUUUUCCACCCCGUCCACCGAUCAAUGUACCUUUGAUUUUUCUUCAUAAAAAGACCCAGUACAAUAUAAAACUGAAUCCCUACACGAGAGCCAGGAUGUCCGAGGCGUGGCAGCAGCACGCUGUUGCUCCUCCUCCGGUGGUGCACACCAUACCACCAGGGGCGGAGAACGCGUUGGGCUGUGCUGUCUACGGUAUCGUCCUGCAGCCUGACCCUGCUCUGCAGCAGUCACAGCAGCAGCACCAGCAUGGCCAGCAGCACAGCCAGCAGCAUGGGCAGCAGCAGCAGCAGCACCCUGCCCAGGUACAGCAGCCUUCUCUGCAGGUAGGGGGAGAGGGCGGCCACAAGUGUGGGGCAUGCGGCCACGACAUCUCUCACCUGGCCAACCCACAUGAGCACCAGUGUAUGGUGAGCCAGGACCGCUCCUUCCAAUGCACCCAGUGCAUGAAGAUCUUCCACCAGGCCACUGAUCUGCUGGAGCACCAGUGUGUGCAGGUAGAACAGAAGCCCUUUGUGUGUGGUGUGUGUAAGAUGGGCUUCUCCCUCCUCACCUCACUGGCACAGCACCACACCUCACACAACAGCACCAACCCCAUGAAAUGCUCCAUUUGUGAGAAGACCUACCGACCGGGCUCCUCUGGAAACACCACGCCCAGCUCCUCUGCCACCAACCCACAGCAGCCGUCUGCUGAUGGAGCCUCUUCCAGUGGGAGUGCAACAGUGGGAUCCUCUUCCUCAAUUACAUUUCCAUCGGCCCGUGACAGGCCCUACAAGUGCUCUGUCUGCCAGAAGGGCUUCAGGCACCUGUCAGAGCUGGCCCGCCACGAGCGUGUGCACACCGGAGAGAAGCCCUUCAAGUGUGACACGUGUGACAAGAGCUUCAGCCAGUCCUCUCACCUGGCCCAUCACCAGCGCACCCACAGCUCUGAGCGCCCAUACAAGUGUGCUGUGUGUGACAAGAGCUUCAAGCACCGGUCCCACCUGGUGCGCCACAUGUACGCCCAUUCCGGAGAGCACCUGUUCAAGUGCAACCUGUGUGAACUGCACUUCAAGGAGUCUUCUGAACUGCUGCAUCAUCCAUGCCACCCACAAGGGGCACGCCCCUUCCGCUGUGCCACCUGUGGAAAGGGCUUCAAGCGUCCAUCAGACCUGCGGCAGCAUGAGCGCACUCACUCUGAGGAGCGUCCCUUCCACUGUGAGGAGUGCCAGAUGAGUUUCAAACAGCAGUAUGCCCUGGUGCGCCACAGGCGCACACACAAAAACCCUUCUGACCGCCCUUUCAAAUGCAACCUUUGCGACAAAGGCUUCCUGCAGCCAUCCCAUCUGCUGUACCACCAGCACGUCCACGGCAUGGAGAACCUGUUCAAGUGCGCGUCCUGCCAGAAGGAAUUCAGUCAGUCAGGAGAGCUGCUGCGCCACAAGUGCGGUGAGUCGUCCUCUUCAUCUAGGGACACAGACAAGCCCUACAAAUGUGACGUGUGCGGCAAGGGAUACAAAAAGAGUUCGACACUGCAGCGACAUCAGAACUCGCACUGCCAAGAGAAGCCCCUAAAGUGCUCCCUAUGUGACCGCCGCUUCCUGUCAUCCUCAGAGUUCGUGCAGCACCGCUGCGACCCGUCCCGAGAGAAGCCCCUCAAGUGCCCCGACUGCGAGAAGCGCUUCAAGUACUCGUCUGACCUGAAUCGGCACAGGCGCGUCCACACCGGGGAGAAGCCCUACAAGUGUGCUAGCUGUGACAAAGGCUUCAAGCAACGGGAGCACCUGGCCAAGCAUCAGAGUGUGCAUUCCAGAGAUGCCCAGUUCAAGUGUGUUUGGUGUGGAGAGCGCUUUGGAGACCUGGGAGCUUUGCAGGAGCACACAGUCCAGCACACAGCUGAAGGAGGGGGUUACCCUGUGCCACCUUGCAUAUAGUUAUGCCCCUCCAUUCUGUACAAGUUCAUAGCAAACGUCCCUGUCUACCAUUAAUUUGCAGCACCCAGCUUAACACACUUGAACUGGGCAUCUCUGGAGUGCACACUCUGGUGCUUUCCAGAGAUGCCCAGUUCAAAUGCUUUGGAGACCUGGGAGCCUUGCAGGAGCACACAUCUGAAGGAGGGGGUUACCCGAUGGUAGGUUACUCUGUGCCAACUUGCAUAUAGUCACGCCCCUCCCUUGUUUUCCAGUUCAUAGCAAAUGUCCCUGGCUAGCCCUAAUUUGCCCCCAGCAUAUAGAAUCCCUAACCUCACUUCCCAUCUGAAACUGUUAUCAGUCCCCCCUACCCCAAAAUCCCAUACAAAUGAUCAUUGUCUCAUAAAAUGGAAGUCACAGCUUAUCAUUGUACUGCCAAGUGUCACUGCUUCAGGGCUACCAUCUGAAGGACAGAGGAGAAGAAAUCAUCAAGGAUAUGUCUUUCACUUCAAACUCUAGGGUGGAUGUUCUAGUCCAGGGCCCAGUUUCUGAAAAGCAUCUUAAGGCUAAGUUAAUCGUUAGAACCUUUUGUAGGAGCAUCGUUCAAUCUCUGAGCUGUUUCCCAAACCAUCGUUAUUGGCGGUGCACUUGAAAACGCUCGUAAUCUAACUCCUGCCUCAGACCACUCGUAGAACAGCGAAGUGCGUCGUUAAAUUAUUUUUUCGUCUUCCUGCGUCACUUUAUAUACACAAGAUCUCCACUAAACUUAGAAUCACAUGGUUUAUCCCUCUCUGUGAACAAAGUUGACUACAAAUGCACAGUUGCCAAUAUCUUUGCAAUUGAUACAAACAAGCAACGUAUAAAAAGAUGCUUCAAAUGAAAACUGAGAUUACUGCACUCAAAUAUACAUACAGUAGGCUAUAGUCCUAUUUCAACCAUAUUGAAAUACAUUUUAUGUUCAGUAAAUUCAGUUAUAUUUUGCUAGCUGUACACUACUGUCUCAUUUGUCUCAGUAUACUGUAUUUCAUGAUGUGUAGCCUAACGUGUGCAGUGAUGUGCCAAAUCAGUGAUAUUUUUUUUGGGGGGGGGGGCAUUUUUAUUGGCAUUAGAAUGGCAUUAGAAUAAGUCGCCUCAAUAUUUGCAGCGGUAGCGGAACUCAUCCGUAGUCAGUAUUGUGGAAUACUUCUGUUUCGAUCCUAUCAGUAUCGACACAUGCUCCAACGAUGCACUUAGCGACUGUUCUCUCUGUGUGGUGUUUUGCGUAACACAUGUUAUGUCUUCAGCCAUUGUAGGAAAGAUGAAUCGUUAAAACACUCAGAAGCCUAAGUUCCACUGCUUUCGGGGAAACUGGGCCCAGGUCAAUUACCUUCUCCUCUAUCCUUGAAUCAACUGCCCAAGAAGGAAAAAAGGAAAGAAAUGUACAUCACCACAUUAGCCUACAUUUCUGUCUAUGAAAAGCUUUGUAUUUGUACAUAAGUUACCUUGUAGACUUGUAUAGGAAAGGGAAUGUGGACCAGUUCCCCUCAACCUGCUCGACAGGUCUGUAAGUGUUAAGGGUUGCACCAUGACCCAGAACUCUUCUCUUGCCAAAAAUGGUUGUCACUCUAGAACCCAACUACAGAGUUGCUGCAUGCAGUAAUGUUCCAUACUCUUACCCAGGAUAGACUUGAAUUAUUGCUAAGUUUCAGCAGUUGCUACAGUCUGCUGAUGGCCUCUUGCUUUUUUUAUUAUUAUUUAGGAAUCAAUUACGCUGUAUCAACGCUGAUAUAAAAUGUUUUUGUUGGGUGGGUCGAGAUUAUUGUGUAUUGGUUACUUUUCCACAACCUCAUAUCACUGUAGUAGCAGUGUAUGUAUAUACACUAAAAUCAGACACCUCUUUACCCUUUGUGCUUUAGUAUUUUUAAGCUUUUUAUGUAUAAGUAUCAACUCCACAACUAUUAGUGUUUGUUUUUUUUGUGUGUGUUUUUUUAAAACAUGAGGGUUUAUUGUGCUAUUGUGAAAUAUUACAUAUGCUUGUGAGUGUAUUUGGAAGUAUAUGUUUGUAUCAAAACACCAUUGUACUGCACCAGAAUCCCAAAGGUGUGGCGAUUAACCAGCUGAAGUUUCAUCUCACUGCUAUAUAGAAAUUGUAUAGAAAUCUAUAUUUCACACUAGUAUACAGUUGAUAUUCCUACCGAGAUCAGUGUAGACUCUGCUGAAAACGUGUAAAAACCUGAUCAAGCUUCCUCUUACUACGUGUGUGUGUGUGUGUGUAUAUAGUACAGUAUGUAUGUUUACCAGCUCCACUGUCUGUUUCUAAAACGGCAUUAGCUGUUUUGUAUGUUACUAUUUUUUAUCAUAUGGGGACUGAAAUGUUUUUUUUCUUCAUUUAAAGUCAUAGUUAUGAUAGAUUGUAUGUCAAGUUUCCAAGGAGAACAUUGUCUGUAAGCCCUACAAGGAUUCUGACCCCUUCGUGCUCCUUUUGAAAUUUUAGGAUGAAUGAUUGUUGAAUCAUGUCUGUGAAAAUGGAAUCCUGGCUGUGAAGUGGAUUGUAUAAUACAUACAUUUGGGGUAGAAUUUGUGCAGGUCUGUAGUUUUAGUUAACCCAAUUUAUGUCAGAGAAACUUAUCUGCAGUAUAUUUGUGCAGGUCAUGCUAACUUCUGGUUUUUAUAGCCUUUAAAAAAUAUAAAUAAAAGCUAGCAUCCUUACCAAAAUGGGCUGCUACAGCUUAAUUGCAAAAAUUAUGGAUUUACCCUCUCGUCUAAGUAGUAGACUUUUAAGUCAAAUUCAGAAUGGCUCAAAUUGACCUCAAUUUGGGUUUUUGAUGUGUGCAGGUGUUUUUUAAAACAUUUUUUGCAAGUGAAGCAUUUCAAAUGGUCAUGUUUUGUCCCAUUUGGUGGUGGAUUUGUGGUUUGAGUGCAGUAUUGACAGUGUUUUAUGAUGGGAGAAGGUAAUGAUCAUUUUGAGGAAGGAUUCUGAUUCUUUUUAUAAUCAGAUUCAGUUAAGACUGUUUGGCCUUAAUCUGGGGUCAGGGUUAAUUAGAAACCCAUUCUACUCCAGAUCUGACUGCCUCCAUGUUGUUGAUCUGUUCCUUGUACUCUGUUUUGUUUUCUCCAUUGGCAUCUGAUGUAGGCUAACAUUUGGUGUCAUUUGUCUUUUGUCUGUCUUUUCUUAAAUGUGUUCAUGUCUUUCAUCCGGCAUUAAGACAACAUAAAAGAGCAGUUAGGAAUUUAUUAUUUUUGUAAAAGUACUGUAUACGUUUUUGUCUUUCUCUUCAGUUUAUUAAUACCAAAUUUAUAUAAACAUUGUUUAAAAUCUAUAUAAAUAUCUAUAUUCUUGGAAGGAGUUAACAGGGCCUUUGGGAUGUAGGGGGGGUGUUUGUUUGAUUGACGGAAGGGUCAUUAGAAAUGUGAUUGACAUGAAUUUUGAUCUAGUGUAGUGCAGAACAGUUAGCCCCUGCCUGUUGACCCUGUUUUCUCUGUUCUGUGCAUGCUUGCUGUGUUAGUUCCUGUAAUCUGUCUGUAUUAGUGCUUCAGAUAGCACUUAUUCCUCUUAUUGCUUUUUUUCAAAUUGUAGUAUGUGAAUGACGUAAAAAAAAAUGUUUAAAAAAUUACGUGACAACGUACAGUAUGUGUACAUUCAUGCUAAGAUAUCUGUAUGUAGCAUUCAAUACACACAGCACUAACAAAUAAACUUUUUUCAUUUAUAAA